AUGAGUACAGAGUGGGAAGAUCAUCCGCCAAGGAAGGGCAAAGAGAAACAGCUCGUUGUCACCCUUCGAGAUGACCAGCUAGGGCAGAUCAUCCAAGCUAUGAGUCCACCAAAGCAGAAUCGUGAGCUAUCGCAUGGAUCGGGCAACCAACGCCAUGAGAAUACUGGUCGUCUACCGACUGCUUACAACUACUGUCCCCCAAAGUCAGACAUCAACCCACCUAUCAACCGCCCGUCGUCGGCGGCCAUGGCGCGCAAGCCAUCAUACUCGGACUUCAACAAUGCCCUACGGAACGCAUCGAAUAAGCAGUCACCAACUCACGGUCCUUCCGCUGUGAACAUUAGGAGUCGGAAGGAAGGCAUGGCAUCUGACUCACCGAGAUUGUCUGAUCAAGCAAUGCGCCAUGAUCAGAGCCUGCUACCAUCAUUGAACUCAGGGCCUCGGAACGCGCAUAUACCCAUAUUUGAGGACAAAGACGAAUCCUCGCACAACAACCAGAAGAAUAUCCCUGAUGUAGUAGAGAUCAUCGAUGUGGAUGCCAUCGAGCCCCACCUAAACACCAAUGCUUCCUUCGAGAGCAAUAAGCUGUCUCCAUUCAAGCCUUGCCACAAGACUGGAGUGUCACUGUCAAGUAUAGACAGUACUGGCCGUCUAGAGAGACAGCUAUACAGCGCCCUCGGCGAGGAACUAGGUAGCUUCGAGCACCACAUCGACACUACAGGUAUGGGACCUGAACUUGCACAAGCACUCGGUGGUGUCGCAGCACACUCUGAUCUCAGCGGCUCGGGCAUGCUGAACCCAAACGCUCACGAAUUUGAGCCAACGAUCAAGCGGAAGAGGCAGAGUACUUUGGGGGGCAGUCGGGAGAGAAGUCCGAUGACCAAGAAAGAGAAGGCUGACUUGCGAGCUGGCGACGAUCAGGAGGAGGUCGUGGUGUGUAUGAGGGGAGAUUGA